GUGAAAUUUCGGGUUGUUUGGCGCACAACAAAGCCACCCUCAACAACAACAACCAACUUGCAUUCCUACCAACCCUUCCUACCUGUUGUCUUCAUCGUGCCUUCCCUCCUUCUGUCUGUCGUCAAAGGCGCAGCAACGCAUCUCGCGUCCCAUACCCCCACCAAUCUCACCCACAAGCAAACGUGCAAGCAAGCAAAAGGGAGAAGCCGCCACCAUGUUAAAGUCAACUGGGAAAGAGGGGCGGCCCAACUUUCAGCUGGACUGUGACAAGUUUGCUGCUGAGCAGCUGCGGCAGAAACAUGUUUCCAACGUGUACCGCUUGACGCGCGAGGAGCGCCUUCGCAUCAUGGACCCAGAUUGUUUGUCCGGCUUCAAUCUCACGCCAGUUGCCUUUUGCUCGACAGAUGAGCCAAAGAAAGUGAUUACAUACAAGCUUCCAGAUUACUCCAAGGUUUCGAGCAAGAUUGGCCAGUCCGCCACCUCCCCAUACAAACGACAUGGCGGUAAUGUGCGCGUCAAGUUUGGCGUGGCCAAGAAACGCAACCUGCCGCCACUGACGCCGGCAGCGCCGGACCGCGAGGCCACAUAUCUGCGGCGCAAGGAGCUGCUUCGCGAGUACACACGCAAGCUGGACCCAUCAGGCACGUCGCCAGAGAAGCGGCGGAGCCCUGGCCGCGGGCCGCAGCCCGACGGUGGCGCAAGCCCAACACAUCACAGCAACAAGCAACGACGCGAACAACACGGCAGCGACAGCGGCAGCACCACUGGCCCCAACACUACCACCCACGCCGCCACCAGCAGCAACAGAAGUGGUGAGAAUGACGAGUACAGCCGACACAACGACGUUCGUCGUGCGACUGAUCAGACCCCGGCAUCACCUGAGUCCCCAACCACCAUCAACGAUCACAAAGAUGCUGAUGUACAUGCAUCAUCGUACGCGAACGUCGCCGCCCACGGCAAUUCAAACGACGACGACGACGACGACGACGACGACGAUGGUGCAGUUGAGCUGAUGGAUGGUCCGCAGGACUGAGGAACACCAUGGGUGGUGGUGGUGGUGUGUGGUGAUUGUGGUAGCGCUCUCAUGCUGGUCGUGUCAUGGUGGUUGGGAGGGGACGAGGUUCGUAUCGUGUGCGGGUCGAUGGUUCGUGUCAUCAUGUGCGGGUGGACGGUGCACGGCAGACACUUUGUGGUUGCCUUCCCGCUUCCCCUCCCCCCCCCCAUUGUUUUGUUUUAUUUCUUCUU